AUGACGAGUCUCGCUAUCUCAGUACCCAUCGCAGGAGCCAUCGUUCGGUUACGAGCAAACUAUACGCCCAAGGGCCUUCAACUCAACCAAGAAGAAGAUAUCAACGGAAGCUCUCACGUUGCGCCGGAAGCACGUGUCGGUCCGGCAGUCGACGGUAUAAUCAACAUGGGCCGCCGUAUCUUUCGUUUGGAAGGUUGGCCAGGCUUCUACAAGGGUUUCAUGCCUGCGCUCGUCUCGACGGUCCUGCUCACUUGGUGGGCUAUUUUGACUAUUCCCGGACACGCCAAGUACAAGCCCCGUUCAUCCAUGCACAUACCAGCUACAGGUGUGUUUCGUGGCUUGCUCUAUGGAUUUGGGAGCCUCGCUGUGAGCAUCCCAUACGAGAUCCUCUUCAAUCGGGCUGUGUGCACGCCCCAUCGUUUGCCCUGGUUUAGGCCAAUGGAAGCGCUGCGAAUUAUUCUCACCCCUUACGAGCUUCGAAAGCCUUGGGUGCUAUACUUGACUCCAGGAUUAUUGGCCGCCAGGAUGUUAAUCGUUGUCUGGGUUGUUGCCAUCGCGCGUAUCGUCCGUGCCAUGCUUCUUCCAUCCCUCUCCGAUGGACUCUCGAGUGCACACGACACGGAUGACCAAAAUCGCAUGACUAAAUUCCUCAACAUGACGAACUUUACCAUCUUUGUUCUAUUCAGCAUGUCAUCGACCGCUAUCUUGUGCCCUCUCGAAGUCCUAGCCACUCGCUUGAGCGUACAACGCAACCACCCCACGACAGAUGCUGAUUGCGCGAUCGACGGCAUGGCCGAUCCCGCGGCGGAUUAUAUCGGAGAAGAAGAGGACGUCAUCGCUCUGAGGAGUGAAGAAGAUCCAUACAUUGGAUUGGCCGACUGCGCCAGGAGAAUGAUUGACGAAGAGGGAAUCAGCAGCUUGUUUAGGGCUUGGUGGUUGACCAUGAUUGCCGUAACCUUGGGCGGGUUUGCUUAA